CUGUUGAUCCCCAUGACUUCUGUCAGUUGCUCCCUUCACUGUGUUUUUGUUUUCAAUAACAAAAUGCUGAGGAAAGUUGGUUCAUGUUUUUUUAAGGAGUUUGAAUGAGAAUUUUGUUGGAAAGCCUGAUAUGAGUUAUUCAAAAAAUGAAUCAAGAUCCUGGGAUACUGUGUUUCAAUCAUUGCGGCUUUAGAGUUUUCUGCAAAGAGAUACCACGUUAUUGUCCCGUUUGCAGAUGUGACAUUAGCCAGAGUCAGAAUCUUCUUCCAUUCAGGGUUCCAUAUCCUUUCAUGAGAGCCGGCCAGUACCCUUGCGCAGUUGUUAUAAGGCCUACAAAUGGGAAUUUCCUCAACGAUUAUCGACCUCCGAUGGAUCUGCAUAUCGGUGUGACAACUUCCAAAGGAAAAGUUUUAGAAUAUGACAGCGAAGGUCUGCACAGCGACCGUUCAUUCGCUUGGAACCAGUGCAUGGUCGUAUUCCAAGCGAUUGAAGAAGAUUACAUCGCCAAAUGGGACAAAAUGUUGAACGAAGUCGCUGGGCAUGACUGUUGGACCUCUCAAAGGUACAACGAAGAGACUUUCAAUUGUUAUACCUUCGUGUUGGCCUUCUUAAGAUGUCUUUCUAUAGAAACUAUAAGCGAGUUUGCAAGGAGUAAAACCAAAUUUUGCGAAUAUUACGUUUUGCCACUGACGAGAAACGCAUGCAAGUACAUAACGCUAUACAGACGGGUCAAAGACAGCGGCUAUUUUGUUAGCAGGUCGCAGAAUAUGUAAGCAAUGGGAUUUUUCUCAAUUUUAUUUAUUUAUUGUUUUUAUCACAUAUCGUUUGUAGAGUCAUUACAAUAAAAUGAUAUUUGCAAA